AUGUCCGAUAAUAUUUCUUCUUUAUCCCUUCUCCAUGGUCCAUCCGAGCCAGCCCUAAAAUCAUACUCUAUUGGGCAACUCCUCAACCAGCAGGCAACCCACUUCCCAACCAAGGAGGCAGUCAUCUUCCCAACUGAGGGUGUUAGAUACACCUAUCAAGAGUUGAAUUCAAGAGUACGAAUUGUUUCCCGCGCACUCGUAGCGCGUGGAAUCAAAGCCGGUGAUCGUAUCGGCGUCUUCUGCGGUAACUGCGUGGGAUAUGCAGAGGUUUUCCUAGCAGCAACUAGGAUCGGGGCGAUUACAGUAUUGCUCAAUAAUGCAUACUCAACUACAGAAUGCCUAAAUGUACUCAGAACUACCGGGUGCUCGUUGCUUUUCACUGCAACACAUAUCGGACAGCGUGACUUGGCAUCUUGCCUCAGAGCUCUCAAAGCUUCAUUAGAUAGAGACGAAAUUCCUGAUUUGAAGCAAAUCGUUCUAUUGAAGAUGGAUGGCGACACUCGAGAGCAGUUCCAAUUUUUUGACAGCUUCCUCGGCUUGUCGAGCAACAUACCAGACUCGACACUCUCUGAGAUAGAGCAAAAAGUCCAGCCCGAUCAGACCUGCACUUUCCAAUUCACAAGUGGCACGACCGGUGCCCCUAAAAUCGCCAUGCUGACACAUAGGAACGUAAUCAGCAAUGCCCAUUCCAUCGGCUAUCGUCUACUACUAUCAGAAAAAGACGUCGUCUGCUGUCCAUACCCUCUAUUCCACAUUUCCGGACUGGUAAUAGGCCUACUCUCCUGUCUGACAUACGGAGCCGCAAUUGUAUACCCGUCACCCACAUUCGACCCCUCGGCCGUACUCCACGAAGUCGUGCGAGAAAAGUGCACAGGGCUUCAUGGUGUGCCGACCAUCUUCAUUGCUCUCCUUGAACGAUAUCGUCAGCUCAAGAAUGGCCCAAUCCACCUCAGAACGGGUCUUAUAGGCGGCGCACCAGUCCCCGCAGCUUUACUUAGGGAGAUGCAUAAGGAAUUCGGGUUCGAAGAUUUGACGGUGGCUUACGGAAUGACUGAAACAUCCCCGAUCAGCUUCAUGUCUCGAUCAGCAGAGCAGCCAAGUGAUGCGGUAGUGCAUAGAGAUAUACUUCCUCACACAUUUGCCAAAAUCAUCGAUUCAUCAGGGAAUAUUGUGCCACAAGGAAUACGCGGCGAACUCUGUAUCGCGGGGUCCGGCGUGCAGAAGGGAUACUAUCAGAAUCCUGAAAAGACUCGUGAGGCGCUUAAAACAGAUCCCUCCGGGGUUGUGUGGAUGCAUACGGGUGACGAAGCAGUUAUGGAUGCACGGGGACAUUGUGUCAUCACUGGUCGGAUUAAGGAUAUUAUCAUCCGGGGAGCGGAGAAUAUCUAUCCGGCAGAAAUCGAAGAGCAAUUGAACAAACACCAUACCAUUUCUCAGUCUUGUGUCGUCGGGGUCAAACAUGAAACUUUAGGCGAGGAAGUGGCAGCUUUUCUACAGAGCACUCCCGGUCAGCCGCGCCCUUCUGCUUCUGAGAUCAUUGAGUGGUUACAAUUGAGCUUGGGGGCCCAGAAAGCACCCGCAUGGAUCUUUUGGUUGGGAGAUGGCGAUGUGCCUGUUGUCUUUCCGAUUACUGAUAGUGGGAAGAUCAAGAGGAAUGAGAUGGCGGAUUUAGGAAAUAGGUUUGUUGGAAAAUAUAGAGAAGGUACCAAACUUGAUGGUGAGGUUCAUGGGGUAUCGAAUAAUGUUGCUUGUACAUAG